AUGCGACAGCUGCGCGGCGACCAAUCAGCUUCCGUGGACGAUGCCCUUCUGCGUGAGCUCUUUAUUCAGCGACUCCCGCAGAAUGUACAAAUGGUCCUGGCCACAGCGGCUGACAUGACUCUCGACCAGCUGGCCACUCUUGCUGACGCGGUUCUGGAGGAGGCCAAUCCAGCUGUAGCUGCUGUGUUCCCUGCAUUGCCCCCUUCGGAACCUGCCCGACCUCAACCGCGCCAGCCCCCUCAGUCCACCAUUGACGACCUUUGUCGCGAGUUCCGCUCCCUGGCCGCUGUCAUAGCCGCUUCCCACGCGUCAAGACCAGACACCCAUCUCCGACGGCAACGUCGCGACCGAACUGGCCGCAGGACAAGACGGUCCCCUUCCACCAACCGUUCCGCCAGCCGAGACCGCAGUCCUGCAAUGUGCUGGUACCACUGCCGCUUCGGUGCUGACGCACACCACUGUUUCCUACCUUGCUCAUGGCAACAACAGGGAAACCAGUCGGCGGACCAUUGA